GAUCAGGCAACAUCUAAAUCUCAUGCAUUGUGUUUAUUCACUGUGUAUGUGUGUGUGUCAGAGACAAAGAAUUGGGCAGUGUCUCCAAGGUAUUUGUCAACGUUUGCAUGUUUGUCCAGGGUGUCUGACAUUUUUCCUGUGUGGGGGUGAAAAUGUUUGUGAGGGUGUGUCGUGUGUGUCCAUUUCCCAGAGGUUAGGGCUAGGGGGACCAUCAGAUCAUCUAGUCUGACUCUGACCUCUUAUGUAUGUCAGUGAGCUGGUGUGUUGUUUGGUAGUGUCCCUGGGGCAAGCAGUGUACCCAGUGGUGGAGGUUGGUGUGGCAGGGUGUGUCUGGCUGCGCAUAGCUGGCAGUCUGUCAGCAGGUGAAGUGAGAAGUGCGGGAAGGAAGGGCUUUGCGGGGGUGGCCCGCUGCGCUGCGGGCAUUGCGGCGCUGACAAGAAACCCAGGUCCCUCGAGGAAGCGGUGACCUCUUUUUACGCGCGUCUCUCUCUGCCCGGGCCGGCUCCUGCUCAGCGCCUCUUGGCGCGCUAGGGAGGCGGGAGCUGGGAGCGGGUCCGGGCUGUCUCGCAGGCGGCCGCCGAAGGAGGAGGGAGGAGUAGGAGAGAGGGGCCGGCGCGGGGGCAAGGCGGCAGCUGGCGAAGGAUGGCAGACAACGACCCGCGGAGCGCGCAGGAACUCUCGCAGUUCGCAGAAAACCUACUACAGCAACUGCAGGAGAACUUUCAAGCUUUGACUGAAAAGUUAACUCUGAGAAUGAAAGAAAUGGGUGAACGUAUUGAUGACCUUGAAAAGCAUGUCACUGACCUAAUGGCACAGGCUGGGACAGAAAAUACCAAUGAGGAUCUGAUGCACUGAAAAUGAGAACAUACUGAUCAAGAAAUACAGACUGAUUCUGUAUUACAUUCUAUUGAGAAAGAGGAAGAAUGUCAUUUACAAACAGGAUGUGUAUUUCUACAAAAUUCAAGUGAAAAUACCGCACAUUGUAAAGGACUUCAAAGGGUAAAAUUUUUAGUCUUGCACCAUGACUGAAAACUAUAACAUCUAUUAAUAUUUCAAUCACAAAGAAUAGCUCCAGUGAAAGAAAAGUAUAUAAUCAAAUUAUGUCAUACAAGAUAUGAAGUCUCCAUUUUUUAUUACUGAUCCAAUAAAGGAGGAAAGAUGAGUUAUGACCAUCAGACUAAUGACACAUUUUACUUAAGAUUGCCACAGAAGAAACAUUAUCUUAUCAAGAGAUAAGACUAAAUUUGUAUACAAUAUUCAUUGCAAAAAUCCAAAAAUAUAUAUAAUGAAUCUGCCCAGCCAUGUAAUUUUUAAAAUGAUAAAGAUUAAAUAAAAAGCUAUUCAUUUUCAAAAUAAAUGUUUACAUUUGUUUCAGAAUUUCCUGGUUUUUGAGUUUAAUAGUCCCAAAAUAACUGAAUCCUGUUGUGGCAAUGUAUUUCCACACUUGCAAUAGUGUAUGUGUAUGAACCCACAUUAUUUUAUCACUCUCUUAGAUUCAGUGUGCGCACGAGCUCUCUCUCAGAAUAUGUACCCAUACUAUUAAUGCUGAAAUAUAAGAUUUUUAUCUUUUUAUCUGAGUGAUAUAGUCUACUUUGGUGCAUAGACUAUAUUUACACUACAAACUAGGACUGUGAUUCCUCUGCUUGAAUAUGCACGCUCUCACUAACUCUCAUCAAGCUAGUGAAAAUAUAAGUAGCAGUGUAGCCAUAUUAGCAUGGGUAGCAGCACCUAUUGGUUCAGGAGGGUUUGUACUAAGCACGGCUAAGCCGUGCCUCUGCUGCCAUUACCCAUGCUACCAUGGCUACAUGGCUAUUUAUACUCACGCUAGUUCAGUGAGAGCUACCAUGAGUAUGCGUACAUAAGCAGGAGAAUCGCACCCCUAGCUUGUAGUGUAGACAUUAGCCAAAGAUGCAUCUUGUAUUCAGAGGUGUGUAAGUACAGAUGAAUUUCCAAGUUGCUUUUUCAAAAUUAUACACAGAAAAGGACUGUGCACUUAAAUAGAGCCCUCAGUUCUGUCUUGCUACAUACCUCUUUUCAAAACCCCACCAAAAUAGUGCAUACCAACAUUGAGGUAUGCAUACAUCUCACCAUACAAUUUGUAGUAGGAAAACACAGCUUACCCAAAUACUUUCCCCAGCAUGAGGGGUUGAGCUCAGAAAGGAUCCCAUUUUGAAUAUAGGAUAGGUUUUGGAACAUGAGAUAAUGCUAUCAUACAUGUACUUAACAAGAUAGACUCGACAGAAUACAUUAAAGAAAACUAAUGAACUUCAAGGAUAUAAGACUCCAAAAGGAUACUAUUACCAGGUAACAUCUUGCUGGAAAUGGAAUUUAAUGGCAUUUGAACACAUCUUUUACGGGGUACAAAACAAAGGUAUGAGUAGGUAAAUAAUAUUGUUUAGAAAAAUGCUACUUUAUUUGUAAUCCAGAAGCAUUUACUAUGCACCGAGCAUUGUUCACACAAGGAAAGACCGUCCCUAUCCCAAAGAAUUUACAGUCUAGGAAAUAAUUUCCCAAUUAAGAUAUUUACAGUGCAGUUUAUAUCUGCCUUUUCUUGAAUGCACCCAAAAUUAACUCUAGUAAAGGAAACAAACAGGAAAAGACCAAUGAAGAGAAGCAAGUUAAUCAUUCUCAACAAUAGUGUUUCAGGGAGGAGUGCACACUUAAAACUACUAUGGAUCUUGUUUCUUCACCCCAUCUCCCUUCCGCUGGCUUGAGACAAAAAGCAGGAAUGCAGUAGUACAGGAAUCAGUCUUCCAAAAGUGGAACACUAGAAUAAAGCAGUUAUUUCUGAGGGCUUCUUUAAAGUAGAAAAGUUGCAUCAAUCUAAGAAUCUAUUUAAAAAAAAUAUCAACCUAGUUAAACAAGUUCUAAUCCCUAACAGACACAUGUAAACCAGUUUCAUUGUCACAUAAAUCUGUUUGCGCUUUGUUAAUACCAAAACAAGCUGAAAUUAUUUAAGCAUGGAUUACACAGGUUUAAGCAAGGGAGGAGUUUCACCUCAGUCUAACUAGAUCUAUUUAAAACACUAUCUCACUCCUGCUAUAUGGACAAGAAAAGGCUAAGCUAAAUAAGCAUAC